GGUCCAAACUAACAUCCCAGGCGUCGAACCCGGCUCGGGUUUUGGCACCCUAGCUACUGCCUAGACUCCCGAGAGAGAGAGAGAGAGAGAGAGAGAGAGAGAUGGAGCAGCAGCAGGACGCAGGAGAAGAGACGAGGCAGCUCUCGGGGGGUGGAGGUCUUAUCCUACGCACCCACAACCACGCCCGUGUAUGGCCGACGGUGGACGGUCCCCUCGGACUGUCGGAAGAGGACUCUCUUAGCUACGCACGAUCCUUCUUCAAGUACGGAUUCUUCCUCCUUCCUUGGCUCUGGGCUAUCAAUUGUUUCUACUUCUGGCCUGUUCUUCGAUCCGACUCUCGUUCCUUCCCUCACAUUCGCCGCUAUGUUGUUGGAUCAGCAAUUGGAUUCAUCGUAUGCACGGCACUUCUCGCAACAUGGGCCUUCACAUUUGCUAUUGGAGGGGAACAGCUAUUUGGUCCUGUCUGGGGGGACCUUGUCAUGUACAAUGUUGCGGACAGAUUAGGCCUGACAGGUUGGGACUAAGUACCUUUUCCCUUAUUAAUUCUUCACAAGAUUCUCAUCAUUUGCUUAUAUAUGUACAAAAUCAUUGAAACAAUCCACACAUUGUAAUUGCUUGCCUGAUCAAAGAGCAGGACUGACUGAAAUCCAUGACCUGCUAGCGAUCCCGUGUUGGGUGAGACAUUGCAUCUUCACAUUAUCCUUUAAGAGUUUCUUGUUCCAUCU